UUCCCAAGGAAAGAAAAAUAAGAUAGUCUAGUCACCAUGUCCGAAAUACGAUUUACUUUUUCCCUUUUUUUCUUUCCGGUCCAAUAUUUGUUAUGGAAGGUCUUCGUUUCCGUGCGACGUACUCCCUUAUAUCAAUCAAAUUGUUUCCUUCUCAACACUUGAGCCAAAUCUAUACUGCUACUAUUUUUUCUUAAAUCUCCAGUACACAUCGCCGGAAAAUCUCUCGCCAGGGAAAUGAGACGGCCAGCGACGAUGAACAUCGACGCCAUGGCUCGGAAAGUCGACGUCGACAAUCGAAUUCCUCUUCGCAAUUACUACAGGAUCGCCAAUAAUCUCCUCCGACAGGCUAGUAUUCACCGUGGAGAGAAGAAUAUCAUAGACUUGUAUAUAAUACUUCUGAGAUAUUCAAGUUUGGUUACUGAAACAAUACCCUCUCAUCGAGAUUACCAGGCUUUGCAUCCUAAAGAAAGAGCAUUAUCCAAAAAGAUGCUGUUAGCCGUGCUAGAUGAACUAGAGGGUUUAAAACCUGAAUUCCAGCGCCAGUUUCAAGGAAUCGGUGAAGUUCAAGUAUCAGCUCAGCCUUACCAACUCAAUAAUCCGGAGAACCAUCGAUAUAGACCAGUUGGGAAUUCUUUAGGACGGCCUUCUACCAACAAUAAAGCAUCUUCAGAUUAUGAUAAUCAGUGGGCCUUAACAAAUGCACCUUCAUCUACGUGGAAACAGAACAACGAAUAUUCUCGUAUUUCAUCCCAAAGUUCGAUUGACAAGCAAUUCCAGAAGCUAUCUCUCAAUUUUUCUGUUCCAAAGCAAGAAACAUUAUCAAGGCACUCUUUUUUUGGUCCCAAUGGUCUUCGUGGUCAAUGGUCAGGACCUUGUUCUGAGAUAAAGGUUAAUUACCCAGUACAUGAUGAUCUUGCUCCAAAUGAGAUUUUGAGCCUCAAUCCAGCUGAAGAUAGACCUUUGGUGUCUAAAGACUCUAGCUUGAUAGUGGAUAAGUCUUCUAUGGAAUCGGUUCUUUCUUUGGAUGAUGGACGAUGGUUACAUCCUACUGAGGAUUCCAAUUUUCAAUUUCUUGACGAUGUGCGGAGUGAUAAUAUUCCUUUAAGUAACUUAAGGCAACCUUCACCUCCUCCAGUUUUGGCACAACUACAACAAGAGUUUCGUCCUAUAUCUCCAUCCAAAGUUGCAGAUCCAAGACCUGGGCCAGCUAAGUGCAUUCAGGAUGAACCAUCCAGUUCAAAUUCUUAUCAACAUUUGCAUGUUCCAGUGAGACUGAUGGAAGAUUUCUUGAGGUUAGCUCGAGAAAACACAACUAAGAAUUUAGAAACUUGUGGAGUUCUUGCUGGUUCACUGAAAAACCGUGUUUUUCACAUCACUACUCUUAUAGUCCCAAAGCAGGAGUCAACUUCAGAUUCAUGUCAGACACUAAAUGAAGAAGAGAUUUUUGAUAUUCAAGACAAGCGCUCUCUCUUUCCUCUUGGUUGGAUCCAUACUCAUCCAUCACAAACAUGUUUUAUGUCAUCAGUUGAUCUGCACACUCAUUAUUCUUAUCAGAUUAUGUUGCCAGAAGCAAUUGCAAUUGUGAUGGCUCCUACAGACACAGCCAGUCCUCAUGGCAUAUUCCACUUGUCUGAUCCUGCUGGUGUGUCUGUUAUUCGAAACUGUCAACAACGUGGUUUUCAUCCUCACGAGGAGUCUGAGGAUGGAAGUCCAAUAUAUGAACACUGUUCUCAUGUCUAUAUGAAUGCAAACAUGAAGUUUGAUAUUGUAGACCUUCGCUAACCUCACAAUUUUACAACCUUGGAAGGCGGUGCAUUUAGGAGUUACAAUGAUGGUUGUAUAGUAUUUCGUCUUGAACUUUUGAAGUAUAGGACACUUCUUUGUACAUUCAUUCAGAUGGAUCUGAGUAUACAGUUAAAUUGAAGUGAGCGAUUGUGUAUUUGUUCUCUUUUCUAGUCCAAGAAUAUAUGCUGCAGAUCAAAUGAAGACUUACUGGUUUCGUCAUUCA